GCUAUAUUUUUGACAUAUCGAUGAUCGAAAGAUAUUUUUUCAAUGUUUUUAGCUAGUUCUUUGCUAAUUUCUCCCCAAAGUCACCUUUACUGUAAUUUGGAUGAAUAUAUUUCUCGCAAAAUGUCGAAUUACAUUGUGUCAAAGGCAUGCAUAGAUAGGUAUUUUUCCAUUACGAAAUGAAUUUUGUUUAGGACAGAUGGAAAAUAGAGAUAGUACAAAGUGUACAAAGUCCACCCCGGGGUCCACCACUCACCAACUGCACGUGUAAACAUAACAUACCAUACUAUUAAGAAUAUAACCUUCUGAAAAUGGCAGGUUUGAAUGAAUUAAACUCCGAUGAAACACCAUUUUUGAUAUUUUACGACUGUGAAUGCUCUAGUAGCGAGCAUUUAAAGGCAGAUAUUAUCGAGAUUGCUGCGAGGUCUUCUCCUGAAGUACUGAGUGCAAAUUUUGAAAGUUUAAUUUCUACCUCGCAAGAUUUGGGAAAAUUUACUAUUGAAAGAUGUGGUAUCAAAGAGUCAGAUCUGAAAGGAAAGCCAGCAUUUCCAAUUGUUUUUAAAAAGUUUUUAAAAUGGAUUGAAAAACUUGUGUUGAGGGUAAACCAGAAAUUUGACAAGAAACAUUUUCCAGUAUUGUGUGCUCACGGUGGAUAUGGCUUUGAUUAUCCAAUACUACUGAGUAAUAUGAGAAGAUACCAGGUUAAAGAAGAAGUGUUGAAGAAUAAAAACUUACACUUUGCUGAUACCUUUCUAUUUUGUAAACAGUUACAAGGAGACGAUCAUGUUCCAGAGCUGCAAGGAAUUCGGUUAUCAAUGGACUCACUAUUCUCAGCAUUUGCUCCAGGAAAGGAAUUUCAAAAUAGACAUCGUGCUAUGGGAGAUGUGAAUGCAAUGGUGGAGAUUUUCUCAAAGCCGCCAUUUAAAAGUGCCAUCAGUAAUAUUAAACAUACAACAGCAAAGUCACUAUGGGAAUGGUAUGCAAUACAAAAUAAUCAAAAGGAACAAAGAAUUAUUCUUGAAGAAAAAAUGGCAAAGCUUGACGCUUUCACAAGAAAUGUGUAUUCAAAGAAACUUUUUCAACUUCAAUUAACCUAUGACACUCUACAAUCAAUUUUUGAAAACUGUUGCUCCUAUAUGGAUUUUUACGCUGUCCUUCAGAAUCGUGGAAUCGAUCGAAAAACAGCUAAGUACUUUGCAUGUCAAUUUGGAGGCAUGGGGCUGAAGAACCAAGGUACUGAACCUUAUUGUGACCUUCCUGAAUCAGCUGUAACAGAUAGUGAAGAACUUGAUUACAGUCUUAAAAAUGUCGAUCAACUGUUGGCUGAAGAGGAAUUAAAACGAAAACCAGCACCGAAUGUUCAUCCAUUGACAAAUGUAACAACAAUUUCUCAAAGCAAUCAGAGCAUUGAAUGCUGGGAGGAUGAACUGGAUGAAAAUCGUUCUUUUACCUUCACUGUGCCAAAACCAGAAGUACCACUCAGUCUAACCAUAGAUGACUUUGUGUCACCAUCAAAACCCAUCAAAUCUUCCAAAAAUGUUUCUAAGCAGAGAAGUAAGAUGCCAGUGCGUCCAAACGAGAAAAUCUUCAACAAUGAUCUUGCAAGUUCCAACGAUUCGCAGUUUCUCGACCAGAAAGGAAAUUCCAAAAAAACGUCUGAAAAUUAUGAGACGAACUAUAAGAAUCAUUCUAGAAAAUUCCUAGGGAAAACGAGAAGAGAUUCCAGAAACAAUAAGAAAUAUGACGAACGUAAGCAAGCGUUGUUUACAUCAAAUGAUGGCAAGAAGAAGAGCGCUAAAGAUUCACGACAUACGAUUUCCUCUUCACAGAGAAAAGAUGUUGUUUUAAAACAAAAAUCUGCCGUGAAACAAGCUGUGUUGAAGAAUAAGUCACUAGAAUCGAGUGGCAAUAAACUUGAAUCUUCUGUGUCAAAAACUUUAGGAAAAAGCAAACAGCGAACAGUGAAGAAAGGUUGUGAUGCGACUGAAAAGAUAGCAGAAGAAACUGAUGCAACCAAGGAGAGCGAAAUGUUUAAGCACGCUACACCUGAACAAGAAGAAGCAAUGAUUACAAUAAUACAAGAGAGAAACGAAGAAACAACAGCAAGUUAUGGAAGUAAAGAGAGUCUGACUAAACAGUUUCAUGAAGAUACGCAAGAUGUAACAAUACCUACGGUUACUAAUCUAAAUGAGAAACGGCAGAAAAAGGAAAAGUUCGUAAGAAAUACUAAUCGAAGCCGUGAACCAGUUGUCUUUGUUAAUCGUAAGUCGACAGACGAAAAGCAAAAAAUGUGGCCAAGGCUUGAAAUAUUUGUUGGUGACCUGCCUAUUUAUGUUCCUGUUGAACCAUCCGAGGAUGCCUUGGGCUGCUCAGAUACGAAGGAUGGUGUUAAAUACUGCUUGGAAGAUAAUCCUUUUGGGACUGAAACAAAUGAGGAACAAGGAGCGCAAAUUUCUGAUAAGAACGAAGUUAAGGUUAACGAAAAAACUCGUUCGGAUGUUGACAACUGCGUCAGUCUCAGUGAUGUAAUUAUUUCAUCUUCUGUAGAAAGCGAUGUUCUCGUAAACACGAAUGAAUCAGAGAGUGUGGUUAAAAAUGAAAUGAAAAGUAGCGUGGCCAAUGUAUCCAAAAAUCAAAGUUCACCUUCGUCGGACGAUUCCAUAUCUUCUUAUGUUCAGAAGAUAAAGACAUGCGCAAGUCCGGUAACAAAAACCGUAGAUACUUUUCAACAAACGAUGUUGAAUCUUCCUUGGGAGAAUAACAAUAAAAGAUUUGUUGAUGAAAAGCAACAAACUGACUGCGCUGUUCAGGUUGCACAUAACUUUGAAAUGAUUGAACGUGUAGUAAUGGUGGAUAAAGAAACAAACACUGAUUGUUCUCUGCAAACUACAGACAGUCUAUCUGGUUCCCGCUCGUCUUCCAAUUCAUCGUUUCUCACAGAUUCUCAAUACGACAUAUUGAAUGUUCGUGAGUGUGAAAGCCCUACUAGAGUAUUUCAUAGUCUUCUUUCACCACCUUGUGAAGAAAUACUCCGAGAAGAAGACACGGAUUGUUACAACAUUCCUUCCCCUAAAGAAGUCCAACAAAUAUAUCGACUGGGAGAUGUACAUCCAAAUCCUCCUUGUAAUCAACAUAGAAUACCUCAAAGGUAUUUUAAUACCCACCUUUUACCCCCAUUGCUACCACAAAUAUAUCCUAGCCAUGGCCCUAAUCCACCAAUGUUUCACCCAAGAUACCCCCAGCCCGAACGAAUACCACGUGGUCAUCGAAAUCUUAUCCAGCAGCAAGGUGUUGGUAUCUACAAGUUCUAAAGAAGUGUCCAU